CAUAUCCACGCCUACAAUUCCAAUGACAAGCUGAAGACUCCUGUGACUUGUUUGAUGUCUAUGAGAUGCUUACUAGGCCUGGGAACAAGAACUCUUAAGUAGAAGGAAGAUGGCCGCCAGGCAUGGUGGCCCACGCCUAUAAUCCCAGCACUUUGGAAGUCCAAGGCGGGCAGAUCGCAAGAGUUUUACUCCGUCACCCAGGCUGGAGUCAGUGCAUUGGUGCCAUCUCGGCUCACUGGAACCUCCACCUCCAGGUUCAAGCGAUUCUCCUUCUUUAGCCUCCCGACGGAGUUGCUGGGAUUACAGGCACCCGCCACCACGCCUGGCUAAUUUUGUUUUGUUCGUUUGUUUCGUUUUGUUUUGAGACAGAGUUUCACUCUGUCGCCAGACUGGAGUGCAGUGGUGCGAUCUCGGCUCACUGCAACCUCCGACUCCCUGGUUCAAGCGAUUCUCCUGCCUCAGCAUCCCUGAGUAGCUGGGAUUACAGCCGCACCCACAUCUCAUCCUAAAUGACCGCCGCAGCCUCUGAAACUAGUCUCAACACGCCCAGAUCUGCCGACGCCGCAGAUCCCCUUCCCCCAGCCCAAGGUCGGAGGCGAGUCGGCGGGGGUCGGCAGAGGUCCACAGCCUGCGAGACCCUCCCAGGCUCAUGGCCCUAGACUCGGCAGCCGACACGUAAAUCUCGUCGCCCGACGUUGUUUCGGCGCUCAGAAACAACGUAAAGUAAAGGGGCGGGGCAGCGUUUUACAAACCGGACCGUGAAUCUUUGCGGUUCUCUUUCCAGCCAGCGCCGAGCAAUGGGCAUCUCUCGGGACAACUGGCACAAGCGCCGCAAAACCGGGGGCAAGAGAAAGCCCUACCACAAGAAGCGGAAGUAUGAGUUGGGGCGCCCAGCUGCCAACACCAAGAUUGGCCCCCGCCGCAUCCACACAGUCCGUGUGCGGGGAGGUAACAAGAAAUACCGUGCCCUGAGGUUGGACGUGGGGAAUUUCUCCUGGGGCUCAGAGUGUUGUACUCGUAAAACAAGGAUCAUCGAUGUUGUCUACAAUGCAUCUAAUAACGAACUGGUUCGUACCAAGACCCUGGUGAAGAAUUGCAUCGUGCUCAUCGACAGCACACCGUACCGACAGUGGUACGAGUCCCACUAUGCACUGCCCCUGGGCCGCAAGAAGGGAGCCAAGCUGACUCCUGAGGAAGAAGAGAUUUUAAACAAAAAACGAUCUAAAAAAAUUCAGAAGAAAUAUGAUGAAAGGAAAAAGAAUGCCAAAAUCAGCAGUCUCCUGGAGGAGCAGUUCCAGCAGGGCAAGCUUCUUGCAUGCAUCGCUUCAAGGCCGGGACAGUGUGGCCGAGCAGAUGGCUAUGUGCUAGAGGGCAAAGAGUUGGAGUUCUAUCUUAGGAAAAUCAAGGCCCGGAAAGGCAAAUAAAUCCUUGUUUUGUCUUCACCCAUGUAAUAAAGGUGUUUAUUGUUUUGUUCCCA